AUUAAUGCACCAACACCCAAACAAUUCCUACAUGGAUACAAGAUCAAUAUACCUAUUCUUAAAAACCCACACCGUCCAGUGUUUACACAAAACCCUUUGCCUUUCUGUGAGAGUGAGAGAGCUGGAAAUAGAUUCUGGAAUGAAGGGUUGGAAUGAUUUAGGGGUUGUUGGAACAAUCUUUGAAGAAGAAGAAGAUGAAAAUUCUGCAUUGUCAUCAUCAUUUUCCACUGUUGCUUCCCUUGAAUCUUCCCCUUCUAAAACACCACACUUGUCUAGGCUGGAGCACCACCCACCAUGGCAAUCAGGAAGGAGACAUGAUCCAGAUGUGGUGAUACAUGUGCAGGGCACAUGUUUUCGCCUUCACAAGCAAGCAUUGAUAGCGAAGAGUGCCUAUUUGAAACGGCAGCUAGCGGAAAUGACAGAAAUAACCCUCUCCCCGCCGUUAAACAUAACGGCCCAAACCUUCGCCUUGGUAACGGAAUUCUGCUACGGAACGCACGUCUCCGUCACUCCGUUCAACGUCGCCGCGCUCCGCACUGCCGCGGAGCUGCUCGGCAUGGCGGGGACCGGCGGCGAUGACCUGAAGGAGAUCACGGAGGCCUAUUUCCGCCGCGUGGUCGCCGUUAACAAGGAGUGCGCUUCCAUCGUGCUCCGGUCGUGCUUCCCGCUCCUCCCGGAGUCGGAGGCCGCGGCCGGACUCGUUAGCAGAUGCAUUGAGGCGUUAAGUCUAACGGCGUCGGGCGACGGUGACGGCGACGCUAAGUGCUUGGAAGGGUUGAGGAAUGUCGAGAUUAGUGAUCUGAAACUGAUUCUGGAAUCAGUGAGUCAGCGUUUGGCGGAUUCUCACGAUUUCCUCUAUAGAAUUAUCGACAUCUAUCUCAAGGAAAACAUGGGAUCGUUAAGAGAGGAGGAGAAAAUCCAAAUGUGCAACUACAUAGACUGCAGCAUAUUAUCGCCGAAGCUGUUGAUGCAUGCGGUGCAGAACCCGAGAAUGCCGCUCCGGUUCGUGGUCCAAGCCAUGUUCCUCCAGCAGCUCAACACGCGCCACUCCAUCAUCUCGUCCGCUGCUGGCCACCGCGGCCGUGGUAGGAAGGAGCCCCCAGCCUCGGCCGUGGCCACCCUGGGGGCCAUCCUGAAGAAGGACGCGGCUCAGCGCCAGGUGUCGCAGCUCAAGGCGGUCAUGACCGCCACGAGCUCGCGCAUCCAGACGCUGGAGGAGGAGCUCACCGGCAUGCGCCAGCUCCUCGGCCAACCACAGAGCCGCUCGGCUAGCUUCCGCUUCAGCUCUGAGGAUGCCAACAAGCUCCAGAGAGGCCAACUCGGGUCGUUUUCUUCGUUGAGUUAUCGCGAUGUCGCGCCCUCGUCUCAUGAGGUGAACUUCGGGAGGCGGUUGAUGAACGGGUUGAGGAGCGCUUUCCGAUUGCAGAAGAACAAGGCUGAGAGGAAAGAGGCGACUGGAAAUGGAAAUGGAAAUGGAAAUGGUGAUGCUUUGGGAGAGAGAGAUAUAAUCAUAAUAAGAAAAAAUCAAGCUUUUCAUAAGCGCAGCCGCUCUCAAGUUUAAGAUUUUCACUAUAAUAUCAUCGCCUGUAGUUUAUUAACAAAUUUAUUAUGCAUCUAGUUUCGGUUCGGUAUUUA